AUGGGUCACGGAGGGAAAAGGGGAGGCAACAAACUGACCUGGAGUGAGGUUCAGAACCACAACAAACGAGAUGACAAAUGGCUGGUAAUUGAGGGACAAGUGUACAACAUAACUAACUGGGCAGGUCGUCACCCUGGAGGCUCUCGUGUCAUCAGUCACUACGCAGGACAAGAUGCUACACUGGCCUUUAAAGCAUUUCACAAUGAUCUUACCACUGUCAAGAAGUUCCUGAGCCCAAUACAUGUAGGACCUGUAGAGGAUGUUAAGGAGUCCAGUCUGGACGAGGACUUCAAGAUAUUAUGUGAAACAGCCAGAAAGAAGGGAUUCUACAAGCCAAGUUACCUUUUCUUCGUGGUAAUGCUUGCUCAGGUGUUCAUUCUGGAUGUCCUGUCUUACGCUGUGAUGGCCUACUACGGCACAGGUUGGAUCCCUUACCUGAUAUCGUUAUUGUGUGCUGUCACCGUCCAGGCGCAGGCUGGAUGGACACAACAUGACUUUGGACACCUCUCAGUAUUUAAGAAUUCAGCUGUAGAUCACUUCGUUCAAUACUUUCUCAUGGGAAUCAUAAAAGGGGCGUCGCCACAUUGGUGGAAUUAUCUACAUUUCCAACAUCAUGCCAAGCCCAACGUGAUGCAUAAGGACCCUGAUGUGGCGUUGGAUAAAUUGUUUGUGAUUGGAGACGUUAUGCCAGUUGAGGUAGCAAAAUCAAGGCGAAAAUCCAUGCCAUUCAAUCUACAACACAAGUAUUUCUUCUUAAUUGGGCCCCCCUUGCUGUUUCCAGUAUAUUUCCAGUUUAUGCUGUUCAGACAUAUCUACACCCGGAGGCUGUUAACAGACUUCCUGCUUGUUAUGAUCUACUUCUUUAAGUAUUUCUACCUGUUCACACCAAUGCUCGGACUUGGAGGAGCUUUAGUGUUCUACUUUGUGAUGAGGUGUUUGGAGAGCCAUUGGUUUACCUGGGUCACACAGUCUAAUCAUAUCCCUAUGAACGUGGACAAUGACCAAGCUCUACACUGGAUGAAGCUCCAGAUGCAUGCGACCUGUGAUAUCGAGAAAUCUGCCUUCAAUGACUGGUUCACUGGGCACCUUAACUUCCAGAUAGAACAUCAUUUAUUUCCUACAAUGCCGCGCCACAACCUGUAUAAGGUCGCUCCCCUCGUCAAAUCUCUUUGUCAAAAACAUGACAUCAAAUACGAGGUGAAACCACUGUGGACUGCCUUCAGUGAUAUCAUCAGGUGUCUGAAGUACUCUGGUGAAUUAUGGGAAGGGACUUACAAUGCUUACCAUUCAUAAGGAACUACC